AUGCUGCAAGGAGUACGUCCCCAUGGCCCUCGCGGGAACCAAUCUCCCCACCACCACGGAUUUAGCGAGGCUGCCAUCCGUCCCGAUGCAACUGGUGUUGACGCUACCGAUACUGCAAUGGCCUACACAGUUGAAAUUGGUGUCGGUGAUCCCGAAACCAAGUUCACACUCCUCGUCGACACUGGUACCUCCAACACCUGGGUCGGUGCUGACAAAAAGUACGUUGCGACCAAGACUAGCAAGAACACCGGUGAUACCGUGAGCGUCAACUACGGCACUGGCAGCUUCUCAGGGACUGAGUUCCUCGACAAAGUGACUAUUAGCCCGGACCUCAUCAUCGAGAAGCAAUCAAUUGGCGUUGCCUCCGAGUCGCAGGGCAUCAGCGCCGUGGACGGUGUCUUCGGUAUCGGCCCCAUAGACCUCACCAAAGACACUGUCUCUGGCCAACUCGAGGUACCGACCGUCCUCGACAACAUGACCUCGCAAGGUAUCAUCAAAUCCAACGUUCUCGGCAUCUUCUUCGAGCCCACGGUCAAGGAGAGGACCGUGACCGGUGAACUCACCUUUGGCGGAUUCGACCAGAGAAAGAUCACCAGCAACGUGACUUUCACCCCGAUUACCACCGUGAAGCCCGCGGCCGAAUAUUGGGGCAUCAAACAGAACAUCAAGUAUGGCAAGAACUUACACCUACUCAGCGGCUCAGCGGGUGUCGUCGACACCGGUACCACGCUCCUCGUGCUCGCGACCGACGCGUACCAGGCGUACCAGAAGGCGACGGGCGGAGUGGUCGACGAGACGACCACUCUCCUCAAGGUGACCGAGGAGCAGUACAACAACCUUCAGAGCCUCUACUUUGAGAUCGACGGCACUACCUUCGAGAUGACGCCGAACGCCCAGAUCUGGCCGCGCUCACAAAACGUGGAUAUCGGCGGUGAUCCGAACAGUAUCUACCUCAUCGCCUCCGACCUCGGCCAACCCAGCGGUGAGGGCAUCGACUUCGUUAAUGGCUUCACGUUCCUGCAGCGCUUCUACAGCGUUUUUGAUACCGACAAAACCCGGGUCGGCUUCGCGACGACCGCGUUUACACACGCGACCACGAACUGA